UCGCAUGACCAAUGACAUCCUGAGGGAAGAGCUCACUAAGAACCCUCCAUGCCAGAACCUCAUCCAGCAACCCACAUCACCAAUGACAGUUUGGGGGAAGAGCUCACUGAGGAACCCUCUGUACCAGAACCCCUUCUAGCACCUCGCAUCACCAACAACAUCCUGUCGGAAGCGCUCAUUGAGGAACCCUCCAUGCCAGAACCACUUCCAGCACCUCGUAUCACCAACGACAGACUUGGCGAACAGCUCAAUGAUGAACCCUCCUUGACAGAUCCCCAUCCAUCACCUCGCAUGACCAAUGAUAUCCUGGGAGAAGCGCUCAUUGAGGGACCCUCCAUGCCAGAACCCCUUCUAGCACCUCGUAUCACCAAUGAGAUCCUGGGGGAAGAGCUCACUGAGGAACCCUCUAUGCCAGCACCCCGUCUAGCACCUCACAUCACCAACAACAUCCUGGGGGAAGCACUCAUUGAGGAACCCUCCCUGCCAGAACCCCUUCCAGCACUUCGCGUGACCAAUGACAUCCUGCGGGAAGCGCUCAUUGAGGAACCCUCUAUGACAGAACCCCUUCCAGCACCUCGUAUCACCAAUGACAUUUGGGGGGAAGAGCUCACUGAGGAACCCUUCAUGCCAGCACCCUGUCCAGAACCUCACAUCACCAACGACAUCCUGGGGGAAGCGCUCAUUGAGGAACCCUCCAUGCCAGAACCUCUUCCAGCAACUCACAUCACCAAUGACAUCCUGGGGGAAGAGCUCACUGAGGAACCCUCCAUGCCAGAACCACUUCCAGCACCUCGUAUCACCAAUGACAUCCUGGGGGAAGAGCUCACUGAGGAACCCUCCAUGCCAGCACCCCGUCCAGUACUUCACAUCACCAAUAACAUCCUGGGGGAAGCGCUCAUCGAGGAACCCUCCAUGCCAGAACCCCUUCCAGCACCUUGCAUCACCAACAAGAUCCUGGGGGAAGCGCUCAUUGAGGAACCCUUUGUGUCAGAACCCCUUCCAGAACCUCGCAUCACCAACAACAUCCUGGGCGAAGUGCUCAUUGAGGAAACCUCUAUGCCAGGGCCCCUUCCAACACCUUGCAUCACCAAUGACCUACUGGGAAAAGUUCUCAUUGAGGAUACCUCAGUGCCACAUCCUUCCAUCCUCACAGACACUCCAAAAGAAGCAGCUUCUGUGUCGGAGUCCUUACUAGAGCCUUCCAUUGCUGAUAAUUAUCUUCAGCAAGAAGUAGAACUCCUCAAAGGGUUACAGCAUGACUAUGUCCAGCAGCAACUGAGGGUUCGCCGCAUUUUCCAACAGUUCCCUCGUUCUCUCCGGGCCAUCAACCUGCAAAUUGGACACAUGUGGACAAGGCUCAUCCGCAGUGAAGUUCGGCUGCAGCGGUGGGAAAGGGAAGAUGUUCCUGCAGGCCCUGCUGCACUUCUCCAGCCCUCUGGGUCUGAUUCAUCAUUGUCCUCUGCCUCCCUUGCGGUUGCCUCCAUCCCACCCUCCACCUCCACCUCUUCCCUCCUCCUGCAUCCCUCUCCACCUCCUCCUCCUUCCCCACCUCCUCUGGAGCCGGACCUCAGCAAUGUGAAAGAAACUCUGCAGAGUUUGGUAGAGAUGCCGGUCCAUCAGCUGUGUGACCGCCAAAGAGACCUCCGCAGCUGCCAGGAAUGCUUACAAAGCUUCAAGGCACUGAGGGGACAAUUGAGGAGCAGACUGGCCAGGGUGGAAGCCACUAUGGGGAUCGUGGUUCCUCCAAGGGAGCUGGACGUUGCUGAGGAAGAAGGGGAAGGCAAAUUAAAAGAGACAACUGUGCUACUAUUUACAUAAGUAGCAAUAAAAUGCUGUGUAUAUAUUUUAAAAAAAUUAAAUAUUUGUUUUAAUAGGAUGUAGAGAUAGAACAGCAAUAAAACUAGCAUAUUUAUUGUUUUAAAAAAUAAAAUAUUUUAUUUUAA